AUGGCGGCCGAGCAUAAGGGCUAUGCGCCUCUGCUCGUGGCCUUCGAAAACUUCUACACUAAACGCAUCUACCACCGCCUUCAGGACGUUUUCAACCGCCCCGUGACUGGCCCUCCCGGCGCACACAUUGACCUGAUCGAGCGCUACUCCGUGGACGAGAACAAGACGCUUCACAACAAAGACGGUUGCAUCCAGCACUGCCUCAACCUCGGGUCCUACAACUACUUGGGCUUCGCUGAUGACUGGAUGAACACAUGCAGCAAGGAGGUCUUUCCUGCCGUCAAGCAGUUCGCGCUGGCUUCGACCGUUCCGCCCAUGGAAUUUGGCACUACGGCGGUGCACAUUGCACUGGAGAAGGCUCUAGCCAAGUUCAUUGGCAAGGAGUCGGCCAUCGUGUAUAACAUGGGCUACGCCACCAAUGCCACCAGCAUCCCGGCGCUCACUGGCAAGGGUACGCUCAUCCUGAGUGACGCACUGAACCACACUUCCAUCGUCAACGGUGCGCGCGCGUCCGGUGCCUCGGUCGGUGUGUUCAAGCACAACGACCCCGAGCACCUGGAGAAGGUGCUGCGUACCAAGAUUGCCGAAGGGCAGCCACGUACCCACCGCCCCUGGAAGAAGAUCAUUGUGAUGAUCGAGGGCAUUUACUCCAUGGAGGGAGAGAUCGUGCGUCUUCGCGAAAUGGUGGACGUGACCAAGAAGUACAAGGCGUACGUCUACGUGGACGAGGCGCACAGCAUUGGCGCUCUGGGUGCUACUGGCCGUGGUAUCUGUGAAUAUGCUGGCGUGGACCCCAGCGAGAUCGACAUCUUGAUGGGCACGUUCUCCAAGAGUUUUGGUGGCAUGGGCGGAUACAUCGCAGCGUCAGAGGAAAUCAUCAACUUCAUCCGCAACUCGAGCUCCGGUGCGAUCUACGCGACGAGUCUGUCUCCAGUAAUCGCGCAGCAGAUUCUGACGGCUCUCAACAUCAUUGCCGGUCUGGAUGGCACGGAUAUCGGUCGUAAGAAGAUUGCGUCUCUGCGUGACAACAGCAAUUAUUUCCGUCAGAAACUGAUCGACAUGGGCGUGAUCACUCUUGGGGACUUCGACUCGCCUGUGAUCCCAGUCAUGCUGUAUCACAUGUCGAAGGUCGGGGAGUUCUCUCGCCAGUGCUUGAAGCGUAACUUGGCUGUGGUGACGGUCGGUUUCCCUGCGACGCCGCUGCUGCUCGCUCGUGUUCGUUUCUGCAUCUCUGCUGCCCACACGCGGGAGGAUAUGGACACGGCUCUGGUGGCGCUGAAGGAGGUCUGCGACCUGUGCAAUAUCCGCUUCGAGAAGAGAGCUCAUUCUUAG